AUGAACGGAGUAGACAUGCCUGCGGAUUCCUCUGAAUCUGCGGAAGACGCUUCUUCAAGUAUGAAUGUCUGUCUGCUUCUGGAGCGUGUGUUGCUCAGAGUUGGAUCUGCUGAAGAUGAUGAACAAUUUCAAGGUGUUGUAUCAAAGUUUUUGGCCCCUGUGCUCUUGAAACUGGCGUGUCAGGGCGAUGGAGUUCGGAAGAAGGUCAUGGAAUUGUUGGUUCACAUAAACAAGCGUCUGAAGAGUAGACCAAAUAUUCAGCUGCCGGUUGAAGCGCUAAUUGCUCAAUACCAGGAUGCAUCUGCUUCAUUUUUUGUGACGAACUUCACAAUAAUUUACCUAAAAAUGGGCAUACCUCGUUUGGAGACCGGGAAGCAAGUGGAAUUGUUCCCUUCACUGAUCGACUGCCUGAGCGACAAGCCCGUGCAACAUCAGGACAGUUUGAUGCGAUUAAUCAUGCCCAUCUUAUAUCACAUGACCUUUCCGGUUGAAGUCGCAAAAUGUCGGACGAUGUUCCCCUUUUUGAAGAAACCGGAUCUCACCAACAUCCUACUGAAGUUCAUGAUGGACGCUCUAUUAUUCCCGUUCAGUUAUUCGGGGCUGAAGGACAAUCAAAGUGGAGCCGAUGCUCUUCGUGCCCUGAACGCGGCGGCACAAACUGCAUCAACCUCAGACCCAUCCCGUGGCGCCGGCGCAGCUUCGCCCAUGUCUAAGCCUGGUGCCAUAGUCGCGCCGAUGGGAAUGAAUGAAUACGGUUUCAAAAGAAUCACCGGCGACCAGCCCAUCACUGCCGAAGAAUUAGAGAUGAUGAAAAUAGGAAUCAUUCGUUUCACGGCGUCGGGUGCUUUCGAAGAAGAUCUCAUACUGUGCCAUUUGAUCGUUGGAUGCGCUGACACUCGGUACACUGUUGCAAACGAGGCCGAAAACGCUCUGCGGAAAGUUCUCGUCACAGUUAACUGGAAUAGCAAGCCAAUGGUGUCCGCUAUGUUUGAGCUUUUCUUGGGGAAUGCUCUGCCGCCAGUCGAAAUCCCGAAUGUUCCACGCGUUCCUACGAUGUCCGGUUCUCCGAUUCGUCAUGAAAUGUGCCGAUUGCCCGCACCAGCUCGGAUACGGCUGAAGUUAUUGCCGUAUAUGUUGUCGUCGAAACAGUGCGCCUCCUUCUUUCCGGACAACGUAUACGUUAUGUUUGAUUGUUUGUUUCGACCUCGGACGCCACACUCGAAGCUGCGAAAUUUGACGUUGCAGUUCGUCAGCCAUGUCUGCCAACACUGCCCGCUGAAUCAGCUUGAGAUUGCUGGGAGUAUAAUUUUGAAUGCCUUAUUCAAAGUUUCUGAAGAAGAAAAAGAGGAUGCCAACAUCAGAGCGGGCGUUUACGUUGCAAUCCGAACGCUUUGCAUAAGGUACAAACCGGUGUUUGCCCAAAAUCCUUUCUACAUCGAACGACUAACGAAUCGUCUUGAAGCUGAAGACGAUGUCAACAUUCAGCUAGCCGUGACGGAGUGUUUAACAGAGAUGACCACGGUGUAUCAGUAUCAUUUGGAGAAAGCAAUGUCGGACGAUCUCCGGAGGAAGUCCGAGAUGGCGCAGAAGAUGGCCGCAAAUUUGAUGACGAGCGCGCUGACUCGUGUUCGAGUUGUCGGCGUCAAGUAUAUCGCUGCUGUUUAUCCUACUGACAGUAUUCAGCGGGCUCAUCGUCUGCUUCUUGCCGCUGCUGACCCGGUCCCCCAAGUCGCGGAUGAGGCUCUGGCCCAUUUGCUGAUGCAGAAAAUGAUACCCGAAAAAAACCCACUUCCGAAGGCCCUGAGUGGAGAUAAGUUGCGAAAAGCGUACCCGAGUUUAUUUCCGAAAUUCCAAACAAUGAUGAAGCAUUUGAAAACGGCAGAGGAUUUGAACGUUGUUGGAACUUCGCCUCAGAUUAUUGCUCAGCGUUACGCUUCUCGCGUCGCUGCUGCCGAAUUUCUUAGGGCGUGUAUUUCCUACGAAACGUGUGGAACGAUUUCUUUCUUACCUGGGAUUGGAAAAGAUGUGAGAGAUUUUUUAAAAACCAUUUGGACCUCCUCUUCGGAAUCCGUUACGUCAUAUGCCGCGUUUUUGCACGAAACGAUAACUGCUGGUGCUGUGAAUGGAAGUGAUGAGACAAAUUGCUUGCUUUUGCUACAAGAGCUGUGUUCUGCCCUGCCAGAGCUGGUGCUGCCAAAUAGUUUUUUUGCCAAGAACAUCGAUCUCUACAAGGAUCUUGUAAGUGUCAAGAAACCAAAUGCGAGACAAGCGGCUGCGGAAAUUGUUGGCCUUAUUUCUGCAUAUGCUUUGAACGAUGAAGCGUUUCUGGAGUUCAUCAAAUCUUUAUAUCGGACAAUAGAGGAAAAAGACAAGACUUUGGAUAAAAAGCAUGGUUGUAUGGUCACAUUUGCCUUGUGCGUUUCGUAUCGGCAAGACGUUUGCGCGAACAAGAGCCUCCGGGAUCCGGCCUUGAGUAUGCCGGAGAUGGAUGCAGAUCUUCUUCAAAGCGCUCCUGUCAUUCGGCAGUUCACUUCAUUUUUGGCGGAAUCAUUGACUGAUACGCAGCUGCUGAUGAUGGCUGGUGCAUGCAUGGCUUUCGCCAAGUUGGGGUGUAGUGGCCCCUUGGCUCUUCCGGUCGGAAGUGAAGAGAGCGAUGGAAAUGAGAACGGGAAAACUCAGAAGUUUGUGGUCGACAAGUUGCUGGAAAUCGCUGGAAACUCUAAACUACCAUUACAGACGAGAGACGCAAGUGCAGCUUGCUGUGGCAUGAUCUGCCUUGGAAACCUGCACUUUCCACAUGCACGCUACGUGAUGGAUGGACUGAUAAAACUAGCGAUUGAAGCGACGGAUGCCGAACUGCAUUACGCUGUUGGUGAAGCCAUUUCUUGCUGUGCCAGGACCUUCGUUAAUCAGAAGGACGUGGACAAAGUGAAAGAUUCGGGGGAAGGAUCCAACGGGAAAGGCGUCAACGUUGUUGGGGAACACAAUGUUUCAUGGGCGAUGGAAACUUUGCUCAAGCUGAGCAGCACAUUGGAAAAACCGUCAGCGAGACAGGCCAUUUGCGUUGCUCUCAUCUGCUUAGUUUUUGAUUUUUCGGACGAACCUUCAGUGCAGGGAGGAUUAAUGCGACUUCAACGAGCCUUCGUCGGAUUUUUCGCUGACUCCAAUGACUUUAUGCAAGAUUUGGCCGCGAAAGGUGUUGUGAUGGUGCACCGAAUUGGCAAAGAAGCUGACCGAGUGAAAUUACAUGAAAGUCUGAUGAAUGCUUUUGGUGUCGGAAAUAGGGAAGGCAAAAUCGAUGCUGUUCAAAUAGUCUUGAAAGAUGCCACGAUAAGUGGAUCUUCCGGAAGUGCGAGGAUUACCGCCUACAAGGAAUUGUGCCAUCUCGCAUCAUGUGUGCCAAAUCUCCAGGCUGUGUAUUCGUUUUUCGAUGUUGUCAGUAAUCAUGCGUUGCUUCACUCGAAGAAAGCUUUCAAAUUUCAAGCGUUCACGGAAAAUUCGACGAAUGGGGUAGAGCUGAAAGCUCAUGCUGCAAUUUUAGUUCCGAAAUUGUACAGUGGUCGUUUCGAUCCACAUCCCCAGGCUCAGCAGGCCAUGACAGCGGUGUGGAAAGUUAUAGUUCCAGAAACAAGAAAAGUUGAGCAAGAAGAUUUUGUGAACAUCCUGUUGGAAAUUUUAAGCGGUCUCGGAGAUGGUCAGUGGCGUCGUCGAGAAGCGUGUUGCGACGCUCUUACAGAUCUCCUUAACAAUACGGGACAUUCUCUCAUCCUUCGUCAUGUGCCGUUAACUGAGCAACAACUCUCAGAUGCUGCGCAUUUUGAGGAAAUAGCCAAUUUUGUGCUCGGGAAAGCAAGUUCUGAUGCGGUCAGUGAAGCCACGUCUGAAAAAUUGCGAGCUCUGCCUUCUUCAGCCUUUGUAUCAGUCUGGGGGUCAAAGCCGCCGGCGAAGUUUUUACCCGUGGAUGCUAUUGGGAACCUGUGGCGGGCACUUUUUCGGUGCGUAGACGAUGUGAAAGAAUCUGUGAGGAAGGCUGGAGAAAGAGCGUUGAAGAAUUACAAGAAAACAGUUGUAAACGCAGCGACCACGUCUUGUUCACAAGCCCAGAGGAUCGUGGAUCUGACCAUGCCUGUUCUAGUCAACUCCGGAUUGACAAGCACUGUUGGUGAGGCCAGGCAGUGCAGCAUCCUUUGCAUACAAGAACUGUGCAACGAUAUGCACAACAAGGCCUUGAAGUCACAAGUGCACGCAUUAAUUCCUGCGCUGUUGAAGUACCGGGGAGAGACGGAACCCGAGAUGUAUAACGAAAUGUCUGUGAAAAUGGGCGGCACUGAUCAGGGUUGGCAGGAGACUCUCGAUGGGAUGAGAAUUGAAUCGCUGAAUUCGUCUCUCACAAUGGAUGUUAUCAAGAAGAUGAUCAAUUUGGUCGACGAAAACUCGAUGAAGCAAUUGAUUCCCCCCUUGACGGACCUGAUGAAGAGCAAUUGCGGUCUUGUGACGAAAGUUGGUUGUUCGAUCGUCGUAACGCUCCUUAUUCAGAAUCACCCGACGAUUUUGCAAUCCUUUUCUGGAAAAUUGCUUGCCGCCCUGGUUGGCAACCUCAACGACAGAAAUAUCACCAUCAGGAAACAUUUUGCGAACACAAUUGGACAGUUGAUGAAAGUUGCAAGACCCUCUUCUUUCCAGAAGUUGGGUGAGAAGUUGCAAACCUGGUAUCUCGACAAAGAUGAGGAUGAGUUAUCCCAUAUGAUAUGUGGGAUGACUGUGAGGGCAGUUUACAGGAACAGUCCGACUGUCACCGACCAUCACGUGAACUGGUCAAUGCCAUUGGCAUUUUUUGCUAUGCAUGGUCCUGAUGCACAAGUUAACACGCCCGGGACUGCGUCAAAGAAAUCAGAAACAAGUGUUGAGAUCUGGUCAGAAGUGUGGAAUGAAGCAGCGAUGACCGGCACCGCCGCAGGAAUUAUGACGCAUUUCGCCGGAAUUGUAAAAUUGAUCGAUAUCGGCUUACAUUCCCAAUCCUGGACUAAGAAAGCCCAGGCUGGCCGCGUUAUAGGCACGAUGGCUGAAAAGGUUGGUGAUCAGAUCAAUACGAUAACAAUGGAAUACUUUGUUCCGGAAUUAAAUUCUGCCAUCGAUGGACGAUCGUGGACAGGGAAAGAAGAUUUGCUGAAAGCUUUGGUUUCCUUGUCGAAGUAUUGCAGGGAAACGAUGCUUGGAACACCGAAACUUGUUCAAGAGGCCGAAACAAGCGUGAACAUUUUGCUGAACGAAGCCCGGAAAAAAGAUCGUAGCCUAGCCUACCGGCGAGAUGUCAUCCUAUCUUUAGGCACUGUCGUCGAGGCUCUGAAAGUCAACAGGUUCGAGGACGUUUGGAAACUGCUCAAACCCAUUGUGUCCAAGCCACAGUCCGAUACCGAUGGUAGUGAUGACGAGGAAGUCAAGGAUUCGAAGGGUAUUGCCUCGGUGUACGGUGCUGCGUGGAAUGCCGUUCAGCAAGCUUGGAAGUCUGGUCCUCGAAAUGUGGAAAGCACGAAAUCAGUGAUCCUAGUUAUGGCCGAGCGUGUGAAAUCAUCGACAGUGUGUGUGUUGCUUCGCAUAGCUUCGUGUUUGGAAGUAGUUUUCUACGAUGCCUUCGACGUGCAAGGUGCAUUCGGAGGAGUGGAUUACCCGAGGGACGCUUAUCGAGAGAUCGUCGAAAUGGUCGCAAAAAUUUGCGAUCACUUGAUUGUGUACAAAACGCAUUUGCAGUUGCGGGUGAAAGCUCUGGAUUUCAUGACGUGUUGUGUCGUUUCCGUGCGAGAAUCCGGAGAAGAAGCGGCCCUUUCCCCGCUUUUGACGGAAAUCGCUGGAAAAAUGCAGUCAGUCGUUGCCUCUGACAAAACACCCGAAGUUGUGGAAGGACUGUCAAAAUUGAAAUCUUGUUUGUCGGGAAAUGCGGAAACUUCAAUAUUGCCCAUUCGGCUGGCCAGCAGUCAUCGAUAGUCGUCGAAGGCAGCUAUGCGACUCACCUCUGUAACUCUGACAUGAAGCUGCUUGUCUUCCCUGAGAUGCGCGUUAUUUUUUUUUUCUCUUCGUAAUUACUUGCCAUCGUCACCUUCGCUCUUUUUUCAUGGACGGGAAUUCUUUGACGUCAGCGGACUGUUGUCCGCUUUUCGGCUUUUCUCUUCGUCGAUUUCUGUUCCUGGACUGGGGUUUACUUGGACAAACGGGAAUGUCUGUGAUUUUCUGAGCUUCUCAGUCCGGCUUUUUGUCGAUGAAUCCUGAAUUUGUUCUUCUUGAAAAUGUGUUCGUUGAAGACCUGCGAUCAGGAAUGGCAUAUCUGGCCAGUAACAUUAUGAGCCGUGCUGCUGAGUCAACUAAGGAAAAAUCUAAUUUUGGAUUUUGAAGUUUCACGUUUAAUUUGACCUUGUCUCUGUAAUAUUCAUGAAGAGUUUUCUUCUGGACGUUAUUUUCCGCUUUCAUUUUAUUCGGGUGAUGAAGAUCGACAUUGUUCUACUGUGAGACUUUCUCAAGCAUCUGGUAUGACAUUCGUGUGCAGUUGCUGCAAGCGUUGGACGGGACCCGUGAGGGGAAUGGUGAAAAAUCCAUGAUUUUUAUUUCUUGCGAAAUAACCUUAUGGUUGAAGUGAUCAGCUCAUAUGUUUAUGAGUGCGCUGUUCGUUCGAAUUUCGGGCAUCGGGGAAUCUAGGGAAGG